AUGUUCAUGCACAGCCUGUUUUUGUUCACUUUUGGACUAAUUUCUACUGGAAACCCUUUUUGGAUAAGAGGUGUAUCCUCUGAACUCACAUCCAGACUUCCUACAUUAGAAAUAAUCAUUCCUCAAAGUCUGACAGGCAGAGAGAAACAUCCCCCAUUUUCUCAUGAGGAGCAUUCAGAUGACAAUCUUUCUUACUCAGUUAAAACCAGAAAUGGAACAUACCUCCUAAAGCUGAAGAAAAAUAAAAAACUUCUUAGUGAGGACUUUAAGCUGUACACGUAUGGGGAAAAUGGGAAACUGCAGGCAACACUAUCCAAAAAUGAGUCACACUGUUAUUAUCAUGGCACUGUUGAAGGAAUUGCUGACUCCACACUUGCUCUUAGCACAUGUGAUGAUGGCCUGAGGGGAAUUCUCUACAUUGGAGGCAAGUGGUACGGAAUGGAGCCCCUCAACACAUCCAGCACAUUUGAACAUGUGCUUUAUGAAUUGGAAGAUGUGCAGGGUAUCCCCUUCCACUGUGGGGUGCUGAAUGGUAGCCUGGAGCAUAAGAUGGUUGUGAAGCAGUCUGUGAAACACACAUUUUCAUCAAACAGUACCUCCAGCAGGGACAGGCUCCUCAGGGAGAAGCGAGCUGUCCUGCCCCAGAAGAGCUAUGUAGAAUUAUUUGUGGUUGUGGAUCACAACAGGUUUUUGCUGAAAAAUUCUGAUCCUGCUGCAGUGCAAAAGGAAACAGUGGAGCUGAUUAAUUAUGUUGAUGGGAUGUAUACAGCAUUAAACAUUCAGAUUGUUUUGGUUGGAUUAGAAGUUUGGACAGAUGCCAAUCACAUAUCUGUAAUGGAUGGUUCAGCUGGAGAUGUGCUGAGUAGAUUUGUUUCUUGGAGACAGAAAGAUCUUCUGAAACGCUCAAGAAAUGAUGUUGGUCACCUCAUAAUAGGCAGAAACUCUUUCAGUGGAUCCAUUGGAAUGGCUUUUGUGGGUACUGUGUGCUCACAUGUCCAGGGAGGGUCAAUCAGCACUCUGAAUCAUAACAAAAUGUUACGUCACGCCACAGUAGUUGCACACGAGCUGGGGCACAAUCUGGGAAUGAAACAUGAUGAUAAGAGGUGUCCUGCAUCCUAUAUCAUGCACAGCACUGAUAAUGGAUCCAGGAAUUUCAGCACCUGUAGUGCUGAUGAUUUUGAGGCCUUUAUUCUAAAUGGAGGAGGAAACUGCCUUAGAAAUCCUCCCAAGACAAGUAAUGUGUACAAAGAACCUGUCUGUGGUAAUAAUGUGGUGGAUAAUAAUGAAGAAUGUGACUGUGGCAAACCACAGGAAUGCUCCAACCCCUGCUGUGAUGCUGCAACCUGCAAACUCACACCUGGCUCACAAUGUGCUCAAGGACUGUGCUGCAAAAACUGCAAGUUUAAGGUGGCAGGAGCAGAGUGCAGAGCAAAACAAGAUGUCUGUGAUCUCCCUGAGUACUGCAAUGGAAGCACUGCCUACUGCCCAGAUGAUGUUUACAUCAUGAAUGGUCACCCAUGCAGCAACAGCAAGGCUUAUUGCUACUAUGGAGUGUGCCAGAGCUUUGAUUCACAGUGUGAAUCUAUCUAUGGGAAAGGGGCACGAAAAGCACCUGAUAUAUGCUUUGAAAAAGCAAAUAUUAAAGGAGAUAGGUUUGGAAACUGUGGAAUGAAAGGUGGAGUGUACAAGAAAUGCCCUCUCCAGCACAGUCUGUGUGGGAAGCUCCAGUGCACAUCUGUCAGUCUUCAAAACCUUCCAGCCUGGAGCGUUGUCAAUAAUGCAUCUGGGGUUUUAUGCUGGUCCUCUGACUUUGACUUAGGAUCAGAUAUCCCUGAUCCUGCUCAAGUUCAUGAUGGGACAGCCUGUGGAGAGAACAAGGCCUGUUUAGGUUUUGAAUGUCUUGAUGCAAGAUAUCUGGGCUACAGCUGUGAUGUAAAGCAGAAGUGUUAUAAUAAUGGGGUGUGUAACAACAAUGGGAAUUGCCACUGCAAUCCAGGAUGGGCCCCUCCAUUCUGUAACCAGUCUGGCUAUGGUGGCAGUGUUGACAGUGGUCCAGCUCACAGAGACACAUCACUUCGGGAUGGGCUGCUGAUUUUCUUCUUCCUUGUGCUGCCUGUAGCCAUCCUCACUGCAGUAGCUGUAUUUAAACGUGAUGCAAUAAGGAGAAAACUUUGCAGGAAAAGCAGAGGACAGCACAGGGAUAACAGUGGGCAGGAGCCAAAGCAAGGCAACAGAGCAAGUCAUGAAACAGGAAAUAAUCAGCCUGCUGCAUCAAGACACAAUAUUUUUACCAUAUUGCCUUUUCCUGGUGCAAGGCAGCCAGUCCAAACCCAGCAUCCUGCAGCUUCCUCAGGACCUCAGCGACCCCCAGUCCCAUCUAGACCAGUUGUCUGA